UUCCGGACAUUGCACUGCAUGCUUGUGUGGUGCACCAUGUUCCGACACUUCUUCCGUCUGCAUAUGGCGUUCUCCCUCGUGAUGCUGGUUCUGAUGGCCGUCAUGUCCGUAGUGUUCAUGUACCGGAGCAUCAAAUACGACGAAAAAACACUCGAGGACUCGCUACAGGCUCUCAACACGAAGGUACAACAGCAGCUACUAGAUUCGCCGAAACUAAAGCGACUACUGGAGCGAAUGGAUGCCGAGGAUAAGGCGAACACAGCCCGAGAGAACGAACCGAGAACACUAGUUGGUACCGACACAGUGGGCCGAGGACGGGUUAAUGACGCAAGCAAGCAUCAAGAUAAAAGUACACGGUCGGAAAGCGAGAGGGCAGUGAUAAAAAACCGAUAUGACCCGAGUAUACGACUGGAUGCCGAUAGUGCACCGAGUGAGGAGCGAGAUUCCCAGAAAAUUCAAGAGGAUACCGAAAGUGGAACGAGUCGGAACCAAGAGCGCUCAAUUGCACGACAAGACAACGAGAUCGCCGCGAAUCAAAUCCGAGACAACUCAGGUGCACGACAAGACAACGAGAUCGCCCCGAAUCAAAUCCAAGACAACUCAGUUGCACGACAAGACAACGAGAUCGCCGCGAAUCAAAUCCGAGACAACUCAGGUGCACGACUGGAUGUCGCGAUUGUCCCGAAUGAAAAGCGAGAGGUAGCGACCAGCAAUCGGGAAAAUAUUAAUCUAGAUGAGAAAGCUCCCAAAAAGAAGAGAAAAAGUCUGUUGAUAUUUGGUCAUGAUCGGUCCGGGACGACCUUCCUCAGUCGGAUGUUUAACGCAGACCCCAAGAUCUUCAAUGUCUAUGAGCCGCUUUGGGUGACUCAACACAGUUUCAAGCCGAGCGCCGGUGCGCGAGAAAUACUGGAUGUCCUUAAAGGGUUGCUAGGGUGCAAAUUCUCGACCACACCCAGUGGGAUCACAUUCCUCGCUAACAUUUCCGAAUGGUGGUCGAUACGCGUCAAUAGUAACGCCAUGAUGUCACGUCAUUUCUGCUCCAUCAGGGACGGAAAAGGGGAAAACUGCCUAGACAUGUCGCGGGACUCGAAACGCACGGAUCGAGUCUGCCGGGAAGAGUACAAACACAGCGUGACGAAGAUCGCAACGGCGCGCACUCCACAGCACAAGAUCGCCACCCUGUUGCCAAGGUUACUGGAUGAGAACCCGGAUGUAGAUAUUCGAGUUCUCCACGUGGUCAGAGAUCCUAGAGGAAAUGUUCAUUCAAGACUCAAACUAAAAUGGUUCCCGGACCACCCCCACCCGCGAUUCGAUGGGAUGGUGAAAGAGAUUUGCGACGACAUCGUAGAAAACAUGAAAUACGUGAAGAAACAAAAAGAGAUGGAUGCAAAGGAGGGAAAGAGGAAUAGAUUUAUGACUGUGACUUAUAGAGAAAUUGCAGGUAGCCCCUUAGAGACGGCGAGGAAGAUUUAUGAUUUUGCUGGGUUUCAAAUGGAUGAUGCGCUAGCACAAUGGAUUAAGAAAAGCACAAAACCGAGUAAAGAAACUCUGAGAAAGGAGUUGGAACAGCCGUACUCACACGUGAGGAACGCGACAGGAAAUGCUGACCGCUGGCAAAGAGAGUCGCCAGUAGGACGCGUGCGCGCCAUAGAGAGAAUUUGCCAACCGCUUAUGCGGCUACUAGGGCUGAAGAAAAUGGAGACACGUGAAGAGGGAUGAAAACCCAGAAAAAGUGGAUGUUGGUGCUAGAUUGCCACACUUAAUAAAACAUAACGCUCAAUUUCAAAUAAACUACGGCAUCUGAUACCCGGGGAGCAGCGAAUACAACGUGUUGUAUACGCCUGUUUCAAAUUAGAUUGCACUUGAUAUCACAAAUGCGCAGGGGCCGGUUCCUGAAAGGCCGAUUAACUUAACCCUCGAUCAGCGCCUAAUCCCGGGUUAAAAUUCGCUAAUCGUAGGUUAGCUAACCGACGGAUAACUCACCGUUCCCGAAAGCCAAGUAAUCCCCCGAAUUACUAACCCUGGAUUAAACGAGUGAAAAACUGGUUUGAGGAGUAAAAUUCACACAGGGUACCCAGUAUAUCAACAGAAAGCAACUUAAAUUUACCUUUGGUGAUUUUAUUUUCACAGAAAAGCCCCAAAACACCUCUACAUCACCUGUAAUUACCUCCAUUUCAUGGCCAAAAAAGUGUCAUUUGCAGGAUUCGAGUUGGUGCGUGACACUAGCGAGACAGAUUCAUUUCAAGUAUAAAUUUCAUGUAACUUUCUGUCUGUCCCAGCACAAUUUUCAAGUCAGCAUCGCAACGAAGGUCACAUAAUAAAGCGAAAUGUUAGGAUAUUUGAUCCCUACAUUGUUUUGUGUAACGUCUUUUUUGUCGACAACUUUAUUUUAUGAAGCUUUAGUUCUACUACAAAGUUUGGGAGGCCUGUGUUUCGCCAACUAAACAGUGGGUUAGCGAGUUAACCCACCUCGCGAGCAGGGUUAGAUUUUACCUCCAAACUGACCCAGAGUUAGCGCUAACCAGCGUUUCGGGAACGGAACUAAUCUGGGGGUAAAAAUUUAAUCGUGGGUUAGGGUUAAUUUAACCCUGGGUUAGCGCAAAUCGGCUUUUCAGGAACCGGCCCCAGAGCGAAUAAUUGUGUAACAUACAUGAUCGUAUCUGUCUGAACAUAAAUAAGGCAUUAUACACCCUCUCCUUACAUUGUAAUUAAAACACCAAGAAACGACA